GUCAUGUAAUGUUGUUGAGAAAACGCAAUGGCGCACACUAGUGUAGGAGCGUGACAGUCUCUAUGAAUCCAUGAAUCACGUGAAUUCAUUAAUAUUGUUCGAUUGCACUAAUGACAUUGUUUUUUUUCUUUCGGGGUUACUGAGUUUUUUUGUUUUUUUUUGCUAUUUACUUAAUUCGGAAAUUCAGCAGUAGGCAGUUGUAAUGAAAACGGAUAAAGGUCCUGAUAAAGGUCAAUGCAACAAGAGCUGCUCAUGUGUCAAGAUUUAUACUAAGAGCAAGGCUUUGAGAUGAGCUCUCAGAAAAGUUCUCCAGGGUCACCCAAGGGGGACAUUACACCCUUCCAGCAGAUGAUGGCGUCUUGCUCUGGGGCAGUUAUUACGUCACUGUUGGUGACACCUCUGGAUGUGGUAAAGAUCAGACUGCAGGCACAAAAAAAUCCCUUUCCUAAAGGAAAAUGUUUUAUGUACUGUAAUGGCCUGAUGGAUCAUAUAUGCAUCUGUGAGAAUGGCAAUUCAAAGGCAUGGUACAAAGCACCUGGUCAUUUCAACGGCACUUUGGAUGCCUUUAUUAAGAUUAUACGUAUGGAAGGAAUCAGAUCACUUUGGAGUGGUCUUCCUCCAACACUAAUGAUGGCGGUGCCUGCGACCGUGAUCUAUUUCACAUGUUACGAUCAGCUCUGUGCUGCUUUCAAGGUCAGGAUGGGAGACCGGUCGGAUCUGGCACCACUGUUUGCCGGCGCAAUUGCGAGAGUGGGCUCGGCCACAGUAAUCAGUCCCCUGGAGCUGAUCCGCACAAAGAUGCAGGCUGAGAAACAGUCGUACCGGGAGCUGAGUGAUGUGAUCCGGUCAGCGUUGCACAGCGAGGGCUGGCGGUCUCUGUGGAGGGGCUGGGGACCCACGCUGCUCCGAGACGUCCCCUUCUCAGCUAUGUAUUGGUUUAACUAUGAGAAGGGUAAAGUAUGGCUCUGUGAAUACUACAGCUGUACAGAUCCAACCUUUAGCAUCACAUUCACAGCUGGAGCGAUUUCUGGAUCGAUUGCAUCUAUCGUCACACUGCCAUUUGAUGUGGUCAAGACAAAACGACAGGUAGAACUGGGUGAAAUGCAAACAAAGAACUUGUCCACACAAGUCUCCUCCAGUACAUAUAAUGUGAUGAAAAGGAUAGUUGCUGAAAAUGGAGUAUCAGGACUAUUUGCAGGUUUUAUGCCAAGGCUGAUUAAAGUGGCUCCGGCAUGUGCUAUUAUGAUCAGCACAUACGAGUUCGGAAAAGCUUUCUUCCGUAGAUACAACCAGCAGAAACAUGGGAUGACCCAACUGCAGCCCAGCGCAUGAUCUCACACAGCAAACCUCUGAAUAAGAACAACACUUGAUCACAGGCCAGAUAAAUUAACCCCAGAUUACUGCACGUUUUUCCUAGCAUGCAUUAGUUCUUGCUGUCUGUCUAAAGCAGGAGUGUCCAGGCCUGCUUAUGGAGGGCCACUGCCCAUCAGAGUUCUUCAGAUCCUUUAAGCGCAGUUGAUGAUGCUUUGUGACGCUCGAGUGAUCUAGAAUAUUCCAAUAUACAAAUAAGCUUUCCUUCGAUUCCUUCAUCCUCAUUUUCUUUCUUUGCAUCCUUCCCUUGAAGGGUUAAGCUGGAAAGUGAGGAAAAGAAAGAAGGAUGCAAAUUAGAAAUGAGAAGCACCCCCUGUCUAAAGAAAAAACUAGUUCAUAGAUUUACUGUGAAAUACAUAUUUACUUUCUCUAUGGUAUUUAUUUAUUGAUUAAAGGUGAUUCAACACCUUGUGAAGAACACCAAAUUUAUUCCCAUCAGUCAUGUUUAUAAUUGUGAUUGAUAUUAUUCUACCUGACUUAAGUUGUUUAAAAAGUCUUAGUUGUGUUUCAGCUAUUUCUAUAAGUGAAUGGUGCCAAAAAAAACCCUGAAGCUGUUUGUUGUGUAAAGGCCAUAUUGACUGAUGACACAUAAAUGAUUUUUAAAAUGUUAAUAUAUUUCCUAACCCUAUGCUUAAAUAGUGUUUUAACGUUUUUUUAAACAAUUGCACUGUAUGUAAAUGAACAGAUUUUAAGUACUUUAAUAAGGAUUGAUUUAAAAUCA